AUGCAUCAAUCUGUCAAACAAAAGGCAUUCUUAGGCAAAGAAAAUAAAUUGAAUCAAUCAUUUUGUAUUCUCCAAGGUUUAGUUCCUGUCAUUCAAUCAGAAGUUAUUUCCGAUGGUGAUCAUGAUAUAUACGCAUGUCAGUGCGCUUUAGAGAAAGUACUCUCCUCAAUAUUUAAAGCUUUGUCUGAUUACGAUGUCUAUCUCGAGGGUUGUGUACUCAAAACCAAUAUGGUUACAUGCGGACGUCAAGCGAAAAAGAAAGACAAAUGUGCUGAUAUUGCUUUGGCAACAAUUACUGCACUAACCCGAACAUGCCCGGCAGCACUCGGAGGAAUUAUCUUUCUUAGUGGUGGUCAAUCGGAAGAAGAUGCGACAAACAAUCUGAAUGAAUUGAAUCGACCUGUCUAUCAAGAGAAAUGUCCUUGGAUAUUAACAUUUAGCUACGGACGAGCAUUGCAAACAUCAGCAUUGAAAGCAUGGAGUGGAAAACGAGAGAACGAAGUAAAUGCACAAGAGAGUUUUCUUAAACGCGCUCAAGUCAAUGCUCUUGCUUCUAAAGGAGAAUAUGUCAAAUGA